AUGGAUCUUAAUGAGCGAUCCGUGGCAGAUCUCACCAGAACAUGUCGAUCUGCAUUCAACCGGUGUCUCACUCAUCACGGCCUCCAGAAAAACCAAUGGGCCGAAAAUCGAUGUGCCGACUUCACUCUUUGGGCAGACGGGGUUGGGGCGUUGGCUGCAUCGCGCGCUUCCCUCGAUAGUCGGUUUCAGUCGCAGCCAAGCGAGCUCACCUUGGUGAAAGGGACUCUUGUAAUGCUGCAAGACUUUCUCGACCAGUGCGUUCACUGCGCGGAAAGCGGCGCCCUCAUCGACGAGGCCAUUGAAAACGUGGAUUCUGCGCUCGAGAACCUGGUGUUGCUGGCGGUGGCUAUUCGUCGCACUGGUCGGCGAUCGCGACUUGAAAAGGCUGAUCGAAAAUUUGACCCAGAGGACCCCUCAGAGCUGGCAUUAUUGCUGAAGAUUUGGUGCCUCUAUAUGCUGGGGGCCAACAAGCCCGAUGAAGUCUUGGCCAGGCUUAAGGAUAUGUCAACGGAUGGACGUGUGAUGGAAUUGAAGUCAACCGAGCUCUCUAGCCCCCAAGAACGUCUUUUGCAGACAAAUCUGCGGCGCAGAAAUCGUUUCCUGCAAGCUCAAAGACAUUCAGAAGGACUAAAAUCUCUUCAAUGGGGCGAAAGAGGAAGCAUUCACGAUAGGCUCGAGCGGUCUGGAGAUGAUACAGAAAGAUCGACGAAGGAAGAACAGGUAGACAUGGCAAACCAGCAGUCUGGCCACGAACUAGGUUCCACUUUCCCCGUCGAACCGACUAUUUCUGGAACAUCAGCAUCCAUCCCCGAGAGCAAGUUAAAUGCUCAACGCGUGAAGAGGAAAUCAUCACAGGUGGCGAUGACGACGAUCACCACCCUGGCAGCUGCAGUACGGUAUCCCAGGCCUCCGAAAGCGCAGGAAGGGUUGGCAAUGUUUAAAUGCCCCUGCUGUUGCCAAACAUUACCCGUGGAAGUUGCAUUGGACGGGACGCGAUGGAAGUACUUAAUGUCUCCGAGCCUUUCCUUGCCUGUCCACAAUGCUAAUGAGGAUAUUAGCCCUUACACUUGCCUUCUCGAGGACUGCCCGACUCCAUUUGCUACCUAUGUUACCGAAAGCGAUUGGGAGAAUCAUGUCAAGAAUAAGCACCCACCCCGGCGUCUGUGUCCUUUCUGUCAGGAUAUGAGCACCAUAUUCUUGAGCAUGGAAGCCUUUCUGGAACAUGUUCAAGUAGAGCAUGCGGAAACGGUAUCUGAAAGUCUAAUGAUGGCUGUGAUGUCUCAUUCCGGCGUCGUCACUAUCGGUGUCACCCACUGUCCACUCUGCGACUCCACCGGACCAGAAUCGGAUCCUGAGUUCAUUAGGCACGUUUUAAACUGUAUACAUGACUUCUCGUUGCGUUCUCUUCCGUGGAUGGGUCAGCCUCCAUGUCAGUCCAGAUACGUUGGGACGUAUAAUGUGGAAUCAGUCAAGUGUGAAAGUAUGUUUCAGUGGUUGGCGGACUUAGAACUGGGUGAGAUGAGUCGUCUCCAGCUCUCGCAAUGGGAUAACGCCCAGAUAUCGCAGGAAGGGAAAGUGGCCGAAUACUUCGAAAAUAACGACUAUUUUGAUCUUGAAGCUACACAAGACUCACUCGAGGCACUGGAGAGGAGCUCAAAAUCAUUCAGCCAGCAAGAGGACGACCUUGACGAUGAUAACUAUGAUGACGAUAUCAAGUUUCUCCAAUGGAUCCAGCUCGCUAUCCCGGAUAUCAAUCGCUUACUACAUGAAUUCCGAACCACUCGUAGCACGCUGUCGAGUCGCGAGGCUGAGAUAAAGCACAUCGGGAGUCAACAUGAACAAGCUCUGAUGCAUAAAGACUUUUAUAUCGAAGCUCUACAAGCACAGAUGCAGAAGUCAGCCUACAAAAGCGCUGAAGAAAGCGCCAAGCUGAAACACACCAUCACCGAGCUCCGGCUCAAGUUAAAGAAUCUUCAAGAGAAUCAGAUCAAGGGGAGGCCUAGCUCCGGGAAGUCUAUUUCUCCUCUCAAAAAUGAGGAAGAACAUACCGAGCUUCUCCAAAGCAGCCAGUCCACUAUCCUAGAUCUCAAUACCCCGCCGCCUGAGUACGGAAUGACUUAUAGCACGCCAUCGAGUGGCGGGGCUGAAGGACAGGCUACGGUGUCCAAACCAGACAAGAGCAGCGAGCCUGGCUCCGGGAAGUCCAUUUCUCCUUCCGAAAAUGACGAAGAACAUAUCGAGCGUCUCCAAUGGAUCAAUUCCGCUAUCCCGAAUAUCGAACGCUUACUACAUGCAUAUGGAAUCACUCAUAGCACAUUAUCGAGUGGUGGGGAUGAAGGAAAGGCCACGGUGCCCAAACUAGACAAGAGCAGCGAGCCUGGCUCCGGGAAGUCCAUUUCUCCUUCCGAAAAUGACGAAGAACAUGUCAAUCUUCUCCAAAGACUCAAGUCCUCUAUGCCGGAUAUCAAUCGCUUACUACAUGAAUUCAGAACCACUCAUAGCACGCUGUCAAGUCGCGAGGCUGAGAUGAAGCACAUCCGGAGUCAACAUGAACAAGCUCUGAUGCAUAAAGACUUUUAUAUCGAAGCUCUACAAGCACAGAUGCAGAAGUCAGCCUACGAAAGUGCCGAGGAAAGCGCCAAGCUGAAGGACACCAUCAACGAGCUCCGGUUCGAGUUACAUAAUAUUCAAGAGAAUCAGAACAAUCUGGAAGAUGACCUGGUAAUUGAUCAAAAGCUGUGA